AUGCUGGAAUCAUUAUUUGCGCCGCACCACUUCAAGAAAAACAAUUAUAAUAUACUAGAGCAACAAUUAUUGCCUGAUUUGAAUCGCUCCUUGCGAAGGGUUAACCCUACUCGUGUCCUAAAACUACCGUCGCAAUUGCCAUGUGCUUUACCUCCGCCGACCCGAUGGCAUCGAAGGAGGCGACGACACUUGACUUGGGUGCAACUUGCAACGAAUACUAUUUUAGCCAUCGGGAUGCUCCUCGGUGGUACUGGUGUGACUAUUUGCGAUGGGGCAGCCGCUCCAACGCCGGCAGCCAAAGGAACCAUUUCGAACUACGGAACGCGAACAGGACUCACGCGAAUCGGCGUUGCCGAUACGUCUCGGAUCGUCAACUUAACGCGGCUGCACGGUGGUGAUCUGUUUUAUACUUUUGAAAACGAAAAAUGUGAUACAGAUACGUGCGUCGGUUUGUCAAGUGGAACGGCAAGUCUUUCCCUAGGUGUUUUAAGUAAUGAACAAAACAUCAUCAAAGAGAUCGACAUGGCAUCCAACUUGGGAACCGAGUGCAAGUGCCAGUGUCUCUCGCAUCUGACCACAUACCGUGAAGAUCUGGGCAUUUGCGUGGACGACGUGAGAGAGUGUACCCUAGCGCCUUUCAUCAGUGGAUCAACCUCGGAGAAGAUUCCUUUCGUGUUCCUGCCGCACCGCGGUCAGAUCGUCUAUCCGAGUAAAGAGAUCGGUUUUCCGGGUGUAAAGAUGCCAAUGUGCGCCGUUUCUGGAUCACAGUACCUGACGAACACGGGUUGGGCCGAACUGCGCAAUCCGAUCGACACGGACGUCCCGUUCCGACUGUUUCGCGAUGAGGGGCGCAUCUAUCUGCAGUGGCUCGGCGAAACGGAACUGCGCCAACGAAUGCAGGGUCGGCUGAUACUGGUGCAUCUCAUGUGCCGGGACAUGACGCCACAGCUGGUGUUGAAGGACGGACGGACGCGAGCCUUUGAUGAUAUGCUCCCUAAUCAGAACAUCUUCACGCCAUGUGUGGCAUUUCGUGUUGUUGGGACGCCGAUCAAAUAUGUCAACAAUGUCACCGAGGUCAGCUUCUCCUCAGAAACCCACAUUGAUCACCAAUCGGGACUGAGCACAAAGGAGUACAUCGUAAUCGCUAUUUGCAGUCUCUGUCUGGGGCUUAUCUAUAUUGCGUCGGUUUUUCUCUACAUCCACAUGAAAAAGCGAAAACGGGGGACAGGCGAUGACGACGAUGCUAACACGAUCAAGAACGACUACUCGUCCUACCAGCAGAAUGAUCAAGUCACGUUCGGAGUUGGGUUGGGCUCACAGGUUAACCCGUUCGGUGGACAACCGCGAAACAGCUUCGUUGGGCGAGGCGGAAGCCAGAGACAGACCGGAGCUGCGGGCCAUCGUGGCAUCUCAACGGCAAUGAACGUGGGACUACACGCUGAGGAGAUGGGGAUCGUAAAAAAUAAUCCGCUGUUGAAGCACUUUCCGAACCUGAGCGAUAACUCGGGAUUCAUCAGUGAUAACUCCAACUCCGUGUCGGAAUUCGAAGAUGACCGAAUGAUUGAAACUGAGAAGAGGAUGCAAACCACUGCCAACAUUCACCAGCCAAAAAACUACUUAGGGCAUACCGACAUGGAUGGAGGACUUCACCAUCCGCAGCAGCAGCUUCACAACCACCAGCAGCAGUCCCAACAGAAUUCCGACGGGAUGAACAACGUGAAUGGUCCCGAUACCGAGUGUUUGCCCGAGGAAAAUGUGUCCAUUGUCGAAGAUAUCAGCAACGACGAAAAGCUAGAAAGUAUGAAGUCUAUCGUCAACGGAACUAUGCGACGAAAGCUGUAUUUCAAUCCUGCGUACUUUGAGCCACAUCUUCUAGUGACACCCCCUCCGGCGGCCGUCGAAUUCUUGAAUAAGAUUCGAGAAGUAAUUACAAUCGCCAAGUACAAAAUGUCCGCAAAAAGGUUUCAGCCAUCACUUAACAUUAUCCCCGAAGAACUACAACAUGUUCAUGGAUCUGACAUAUACGCUGCGGCUCACACGGCCCCUCCUAGUCGCCGCAGUAGCCUAAUUAGUUCCCGUAGAGAUAGUUCGAAGAAAAGUAUCUGUUCUGGAUGUCCGGGUUGUGAAAAGAAAGCGGGCAACUCUGAUGUAGUAGUACCUUCCAGCAAUUGCAAAAACUGCGGCGACAAACAAAACAGCAUUCGGAAAUGGUUGGAAGACGUGUCCUCCGACCACGGCGAUACAGCUAACGAUUCCGAUGUAUUCGAUGGAGGUAAGUCAGGAUCGUUCAGCAAUUCUACAGAAAACAUAGACUCCCUCAAAUCGUUAGACGAUCGAUCGACAUGCGAAUCACUUCCUAUAAAUCCAGAAAUCAAAAAACAACUCAAAUCCAUACGAUCGCGUCACGGCAGUAUGCAUAGUGACAGCUCCUCUGCCUCCGAUAACGAAACAAUCGUUGCUAAUAGCGUUAAGGAAAGAUCUUCACUAGUACGCGCUCCUUCUCGAGCCAGAUCGAUUCGUUCGGAUACAAGCUCAGCACCGAAGAUCGUGUCGCACAGUCUUAAAUCUGAUGUUAUAAAAGUCAACAAGUUUGGGUCCGAAGGUGGUUCUCUUAUGAAAAACAAUAGUUUUGUUUACGAUCCAACCCCCAACGAAAGCCAUCCCAAGAAUCAGGAUACCUAUAUGAGGAAUAUUAACAACUCCCUGGUAAAUCUAGACUCCAACAAGAUUUAUGAUAAGCACGAUCUGUAUAACAUCACUAGCAACGAACUGUUCAAUAAUCCACAGUUUGAGACAUCCCCGAAAAUGCAGCAUAGAUCUAUGAAUGCCAAUCAUCGUCAUCAUCAUCACCAGCAGCCACACAGGAAACGAUCAAACGCGCACAGCCGCCCGGGACCAUCGGGAAAACGACAGAUUGAGGUGCUUGAUCAGUUUUCCAGUACAGGUCCUAAGAUGAGAAGCCUAAACCAUAUGCCAGAUAUGGUAUACGAAGCAUUGGCGAUGGAUGAAAGAAAAAAGUCCUGGAGAGGACACACGAAUCCUAACUCUAAACGGCUCCCGAUCAACGAAUAUGUGCAUGAAACGUGUGAAAGUCGAUUUAAUAGUAUUGAUCGAACGGAUCGGUACCGAAACGAGAAGUUCUUUCACGACUUCAUAAACUCGGAUGACAAUAAUACUCUAGGGAAUCGUUCAGGCAAGAAUUCAUUUAACAAAUACCAACCAGAUUCACCUAUCUAUUCUCGUAAAUCGCCACAUUAUCUGAUCGUGGACUACGAAACGGACAGCCUCGAGAGGGUAACCUGCAGAACACAAAUCAGUUUCAAUACAUCCACAACUACUAGCAGUGAUCUUAGCUCACAACCCUCACCCUCACACAGUACAGCCCUCCCGCUGGAAGAGGAAGUCGAGAUUCGUAACGCAAUCUAUGAUCGGGUAGAGGGGUUUAGGAAGGAUACCGACACUAUAACAAAAGAACGAGAAACCGUCAGCCAUCCAAGCAUGGACGAUUAUGAAGACAUCCCGAUGAAUUCACUUGCUGAAACGGUCAUUCAAGUUCCGUCAAAAAAGGGCCCAAAGAUAAAAUGCGAUACGCCCUUUCAGGGGAGUAUCACGAUCGAAGUAGAACACAGCCCAGAUGAUUGCGAUCUUUCGACCGACAGUGAUCAAUUCGAACCCGACACGCUGGAUCGGAAACCUAAAAAGCACAGCAACAUUAUCGGAAGGCAUAAAAGCAACGUUUGGACACAAGAACGUCCGAACAGCAAAGAAACGAACCUAACCUCACUUCCUGCCGAUCUAAACAAUCACUUUGUUCUAAAAAACUCACAGUCCUUUAAAGAGACCUCGUUUGGUAGCCUCCGAGAAAUUUACGAGUCAAAAAACUUAAAAAACGCUAACCACAACCAGAUACGAAGUUUGGAAGAAUUUGACGUAGAAUCUGGAAAGCUACUAACAUUAGAACUUCGACACUCAAAGCGACAGCGAACGAAUGACAAUACCGCCAUUGCACCCAAGCUAAUGCCACCGGAUUUGAUUCCAUCGGAUAUGCCGAUACCUCGGAAUCACUACGAUCAACCACGUCAGCAGUUGAAACAAGUCGAAGACUAUGGCAUCUCCCCGAAGAAUCUUGCCUGCUGGAACAGCGAUAAGUUUUCGAAGCAACCGAAUGGUCCUGCACCGAAACCUGUCCUUAGUAAUCUGGAAAGUUAUGAAAACAGUAUGACGGCAGACAGCGAUUCGACGCAAUUCACGGGAGUUUCGGACAAUGAUCACAAUUCAUCUAGGAAGCAGAAAAAGGUUGCCAACUAUAGUCAGGUCAACAAAUCUUUUCGCGAGCGAACGAAAUCGAUGGAAAAGGAAGGCUUCAGGCUGGGAGAGAUAGAGCAAGACAGAUCAAACAUAUUGAAGAAUUUUAUGUCUCUAGGAGAGUUAAAUGAGAAAAUUUUUAUGGAUCAGAUGGAUAGCAAGAUAUAUGACUUGAAGGAGUCACAAGUUGUGAACCGUGCUAAAUUUAUUGAGGACAUUGACAAGAUUGAAGUCUUGUCGACCAAGACAUUGUCCAAUUAUGAUUUUCCGGUAGGGAAGAAUAGUUCUAGCUCAAAGUCGAAGGAUGUAGUGGAAGACAAGGCGAACUUUGAAGUAAAUUCAAGCAACACCACAAAGAUUUAUAGAGUUGAGAUUAACCCCGCGUCGAAUGGAAUACAAAUUGCCAUGGGUCUUCGCGAUCGUGUGAAAAAAUCAAAGGACAUAAAAAAUGCUUGGAAGAAAUUUAUAGGAAUUGCCACUUCAAAGUUCAAUGGGAAGCUAAACGAUGGCAAAAGUGAUUCCGAUGCAGAGAAGAAUUCUGAGUCGUCAGAUAUUCUCGAUAAGGACGAAGGAAUAUCAUCUUUGAUCGACGAUGCAAGUACUGCUUAUGAGGUCACGCAUUUUCAUCAUCACCGACAUCAUCAUCACUACAAGGCACUGGGUUCGAGUGGACCACCGUCCAAUAGCCGUCAAGUUAUGGUCCUUCGGAGAGAUUCGCGAUCGAGUACGAAGGAUGACAGUGGUUACAUAAGCGCUGAUUCUGCUGAGUCUCGAUUGAACAAUAGAAAACUCUACGAACGGUUCAAUUUUACUGGGAAAUCUUCCGAGUCUACUGACUCGAUCCAGGAGGAAAAUAAAUACGAAAUUUGUGCUAUUCCUGAGAAUUCCGCGAGCACCGUCAAAAGUAAUACUUCGUCUUCCUCGGACAGUAGCACCCGUUCGGAUAAGCAGUUGACCCGACCACGCGGUCCGCCUCCACCUUUACCCCCACCGAAUCCACCGCCUCCACCACCUACUGCAACGAUUCCUACUAAGAAGCAGCCUUCGCCUCCUCGAACAAUAGAAAAACCCCAAACCAAACCACCACCUCCUCCGACCAAUCCUGCUCCAAAAGUUCCCCGUCCCGAGGAAAAUUUUCUCUUCAACACAGCGGAUGCAAUCAGCGUUCGGGUGUACUCAUCCGACGAUGAGAACCUCGCCAGCAGCGGCAAUGCUUCCUGCAUUUCGGACAACAACAACGAAGACGACGACGAUGGUACCAGCUGCGCUACCGACGACAUCUGCGAAUCGGGCGCCGAAAGUGUCGAGACGCAUUCGGUAUUCUUCAAAAACAUUCGGGCAAGGCCAAACGAAACACGCAGCGCGACUGCAAUGGCGCACUAGAGGGUAAGAACGAAUUAUGUGCAAUGUUAAAUGUUAGAUCGACAACGGUUGUGCAAUAAUAGCAGCAAUACGUGUGCUUAGAGAUUUAGGGCCAGCAUGGUUAAGUGUUGUACAUUUUUGAAGCUGGCAUAUUGAGUUAUUGUACCUCUGAAUAAUUAGGACCACGAAGGGUAGAGACUAUGUUUUAUUAGGCGUAUAGAACUAUACUGUUAUUCGAUAGUUUUUGAGACUGUUACUUCAUUUGUGCAAUCUAAAUGACUCUCAUUGUUGACAUUAGUGUGCAAUUGUUUUUUUUUAUAAAUUUUGAAAUAAUUAGUUUGAUUAGACUUUAAUUUAUAUCGUGU